CUUAAUGGUACUACCGGUGCAUUGGUGACAAUUCAAUUGCAACAAUACAACAAUCCUAAUCUUGCACUACCAAAUGGUUAUACCUGUACUUGUCCAACAGGUAUACAAUGUCCAUAUCUUCAAGAGGGUUCUAUAACAUGCUUCUUCUCAUUUACAAUCAUUAUAUCAGCAUCAAA